AUGGCUGCUUUUGUCACACAUCAAAUUAUGGGUACAGCCCUUGAGACUACCGAGAGAUAUACAGGCCUGCAAGCACAAGGCAUUGGUGCCUCUGGUGUUAUCUGUUCAGCGCAUGAUUCAAUGACCAACCAAACGGUUGCCAUUAAAAAGAUAGGAAAGCCCUUUCACAGCACGGCCGUGGCCAAGCGCACGUAUCGCGAAGCCCAUCUUUUGAAUAACCUAAGACAUGACAAUUUGAUCAACAUGACCGAUAUCUUCAUCUCGCCAGCGGAAGACAUUUACAUUGUGACCGACUGUAUUAGGACCGACCUUCAUUGCCUGAUUCAAUCAACCGCAAGACCACUAGAGGAUAAGUUCGUUCAAUUCUUCACCUACCAAAUGCUGCGAGGGUUGAAAUAUAUUCAUUCGGCUGGUGUCAUCCAUCGUGAUCUCAAACCCGGCAACAUCCUGGUCAACGAAAACUGUGACUUGAAGAUUUGUGACUUCGGACUCGCUCGCGAACAAGAUCAUCAGAUGACUGGCUAUGUCUCUACACGAUACUAUCGAGCCCCAGAGAUCAUGUUAACGUGGCAACGAUACAGCUACGCAGUGGACAUUUGGAGUGUUGGCUGUAUUGUAGCAGAGAUGCUCACUGGAAGGGUCCUGUUGCCUGGAAACGACCAUGUGGAUCAAUUCAGAAAGACUGCUGCGAUCUUCGGCAAACCACCCAAGGAGGUUAUGGAGAAAGUGUACAGCAGGACCACAACACAAUUCGUGGAGUCAUUACCUUACACGGAAUAUCAGGGCCUGCAAAAGACCUUGGGUGACAUUAACCCUCAAGCUCUUGAUCUAUUGGAGAAAAUGCUCGAUGUAGACCCAGGAAAGAGAAUCACGGCGGUGGAUGCCCUAACCCAUCCAUACCUCUCGUCCUACCAUGACCCCAGCGAUGAACCUGAGUGCGAGAAGAGAAUCAAUUGGUCUCUCCUGGAUUCAGAAAUGACACCAGAUGAAUGGAAGACCAGGAUGUAUUUCGAAGUUCUGAAUUACCACCGUGGCUCUGGCGGGUGGGAAGACAAUAAUCCUGACGCUCACGAGGGAGCUAUUGGGAAUUGGUUGCGUGAUGAGAUGUCAGUGGAGACGUAUUAA